AUGCACUGCACACACAAACACGGGCUCGCCAUCACCUUCAAGGUCAAGCGUACUGCUGCCGAGAAGAGCGAACAAAGCCGCCAGCGAAAGGCAAAGUGGUCCGAGAAACAAGCGGCAAUUCGUGCCCUUGUUUCGCUUUCGACCGUUGAAGAAAAGCGCGAUGCGUUUUCGCGUCGCGACGCGAAAAUGCGUGGGGUCCAUGAAGCCAAGGAUCCCAUCGUCUACACCAAGAUGUCGUCGAUCCAGAAUGCAGGUCUCGGAGUGUUUGCGGCUGUCGACCUUGUUCCUGGUGACGUGGUCACUGCCUACGACGGUCAACUGGUUCCCGAUGCCCCGACCAAUCACUUGUAUGCUCUGCAGAUCACGGGACCAUCGAAGCCCAUGUGGAUUGACGGGCUCCGUGAACUGGAGCGUGGGAAAGGAAUCGGAUCCUUUGUCAACCAUGCAUCGCGCGAGCAUCACUACUACAUGAACUGCGACUACAAGGAGUUUGCUGAGUCUGCGUACAUUGUCAUCAAGAAGAAAAUCAAGGCGAACAGCGAGCUCUUUACGGUCUACAGCUGUGGUUACAGAUUCUAG